UCUCAUAAAGAGAGCUGCGAAAACCUCAAGCCAAAAACCCUAGCCUCCUGCUUUACCUUCAUCCGAGGCAGAGACUCCAUCCUUGAUUGAAAAACCCUAAAUCCAAACAUGACAGUAGAAACAGUGAAUCCAAAAGCAUACCCGCUUGCAGAUGCCCAGUUGACCAUAACAAUACUUGACCUUGUUCAGCAAGCUGCUAAUUACAAGCAACUCAAGAAAGGAGCCAAUGAAGCUACAAAGACACUUAACAGAGGUAUCUCUGAGUUUGUUGUGAUGGCUGCUGAUACUGAACCACUUGAGAUUCUUCUCCAUCUUCCUUUGCUUGCUGAAGACAAGAAUGUCCCCUAUGUAUUUGUCUCUUCAAAGCAAGCACUUGGCCGAGCAUGUGGUGUCACAAGACCUGUCAUUGCUUGUUCAGUGACAACAAAUGAGGGGAGUCAAUUGAAAACACAAAUUCAACAACUCAAGGAUGCCAUUGAAAAACUUCUGAUCUGAUUUGUAUGGAUGCAAUUUCGGCGUGAUGGGCCUCUUGGAUCAUUGGUGGUUGCUCCUUUGGAGGCUUUGACUGAUGAAGUUGUACCCUACCGCCAGCAUGCUUUUUGUUUCUUACCUUGUUUAAGAUUUUGUCUGUCUUUUUUUCACUCAAUAACUGCAAAAACUUGAGAUGAGUCAUAUAAAGUUCAGUAAUC